GUUUUUGACUUUGUUCCCUGUUAACCGCUCGUUGUCUCCUGUUUUAUUUUUCCUUACCUUGUCGGUUAUCAGUUAUAAGAUAAUGUAUAAGAUUUUUUGUAACUUUCUAGUUUGAAGGACGAUUCUGAAGAAACUUUCUCAUUUUUCGUUUUAUUUCCUUUGUCCCUUGGCAAAUUUGGUAAAGCGUGAUGGUGUGCAGGAUUGGAAAAUUUCUGAACCUGUAUCGGAGGAGUGGACCGCUUGCCAGCCAGGUCCAGAGUAGAAACUUGAACUUGCUCGAAUGCCAUAGUAAAGUCCUCCUUCAAAAUUAUGGUGUCAACGUUCAGAAGUUCCUCAUCAUUGAAGAUCCAGUGGAGGCCAAAGAUUUGGAAACGAAAUUCAAAGUGGAUGAGUAUGUCAUCAAAGCUCAGGUGUUGGCCGGUGGGCGAGGUCUUGGCCAUUUUGACAAUGGUUUCAAGGGAGGUGUUCAUCUGACGAGAGACUCAACAGAGGUACGCCCGAUAGUCGAAAAGAUGGUCGGCCACAAGCUGAUAACGAAGCAGACGCCUAAAGAAGGCAUCCUAGUUCAUAAAGUUAUGGUCGCCGAGUCUGUCAACAUUCAGAGGGAAACUUAUUUCAGCAUAGUCAUGGAUCGUUUUUUUAAUGGUCCUGUAAUCAUUGCAUCUCCAAUGGGAGGGACUGAUAUUGAGACAGUUGCCAAAGAGACACCACACCUCAUCAAAACGUACCCUAUUGACAUUUACAAGGGCAUCUCGCUUGAUUUGGCACAAGAAGUAGCCUUAUUCCUUCAAUUCGAAGGUCCAAAUCGUGUAAAAGCUGCUAAUGAGAUAAAAAGAUUGUAUGAUUUAUUUGUAAAUGUAGAUGCGACACAGGUCGAGAUAAACCCACUCGCUGAAACCUCAGAUGGCCAGGUUGUUUCUGUAGAUGCUAAGAUUAAUUUUGAUGAUAAUGCUAAGUUUAGGCAAAAAGCUAUAUUUCAGCUUGAUGAUAAAAGUGAGACGCAUCCUCUCGAGGCCAAAGCGGCAGAGAACAAUCUUAAUUAUAUCAGGCUGGAUGGUCAAAUAGGUUGCAUGGUCAAUGGUGCAGGUCUCGCCAUGGCGACAAUGGAUAUUAUCAAGCUUUACGGUGGAGAGCCUGCAAAUUUCCUCGAUGUCGGUGGUGGAGUUAAAGAGUCCCAGGUUAAACAAGCCUUUGAGAUACUCUCGUCCGAUCCCAAUGUCAAAUCAAUCCUUGUCAACGUUUUUGGUGGGAUCGUCAACUGCGCAACGAUUGCCAAUGGCAUAGUUGAAGCCACGAAAUCUUUAAAUCUUAAAAUGCCCCUUGUCAUUAGGCUCGAAGGUACUAAUGUGACUGCAGCUAGAAAAGUUUUAAAUGAUUCUGGCCUUAAAAUUACAUUUGCAGAAAAUUUAGACGAAGCGGCAAAAAAAGUUGUGUCAACCUUAAAAUAAUAUGUUCUAUAGAUCAGGCAAAAAUCAGUUCAUCACUAAUGUUAAUUCAUUCCUUCCAAGAUUGAGCCUAGCUUUUUUAGUCAUUAAAUAGAUUAAACUAAUCUGUAGUUAUAUUUUCAUAAAAACAAAAACUUGUCAAUUUAGUUUUUAAAAAAAUUAAACAUGUGAAAAUCAUAGUUAACAAUGCUAUGGUGAUAUAAAUGUUUGGUUAUGUAAAGUAUUUAAGUCUCUAUUUAAAUACCUUAUAUUUUUGUACUCAAGAAUAAAUAAGUUUUCAAUGUU